AGGCUCAGAAGCAUCCGAGCUGCUGCUGCUGCUCUCAUACUGCAACAACAGUUAUUGUACCGGAUACACCACACCCUUUUUGUGUUGGCUACUCUGAGUGAAAAUGGGGCUCUUGACUUACAUGGCCGUUGCUGCUGGAGCAGGCGGCGCAGUGAUCUCUGCUCCUCUUGUUCUGGGAGCCGUAGGUUUUACCUCAGCUGGAAUAGCAGCUGGGUCCUACGCUGCAACCAUGAUGUCGUCUGCUGCUAUUGCAAAUGGAGGUGGAGUGGCAGCAGGAAGUGCGGUGGCUGUUUUGCAGUCAGCAGGUAUGGCUGGUCUGUCAACAACUGCCACUGCAGCUGUGGCUAGUGCUGGAGGGUCAGUAGCAGGACUGCUGGCUGUGCUCAUCUGAGACCAAGCUGAAAGUCAUGAAGGAAUUAAAUAUUAGGAAGAAUAUACAUAUAUAUACGUAUAUAUAUUUACUGAAUAAUGUCAAUGAAGUAGAUAACCUACUGAAGGAGAACUUGUGUGCAUUUGAAUUGUGAGGGGGACUGAGAUAAUGUUUAGUUUUUUGUUUCUACAAAACACAUUUACAUUGUCAAGAACAUUCAAAUAAUGAAAAAUAAUUCAUAAAU